AUCAGUAUGAAAGUUUUGCAGCAGUUUCCAAUUAAGUCAGUAUUAGUGACUGGGUGUAACAGAGGCAUUGGAUUAGAACUGAUCAAAUAUUUUGCUGAACAGAAUAAGGAAAAGAAUGAUCAACCAGUAAAAGUGAUAUCUAGCUCGAUAGGAUUAAGUUCAGAGCUAAAUGAUUUGUUGUCAGAGCAUAUUUUUCAUGUGGAACUCAACGUUACUGACACCAAGUCUGUGUCUGCAGCAGUCCAAAAAGUGUCUGACAUUGUGGGUAACGAUGGUCUUAACUUACUCAUCAACAAUGCUGCUAUAAUGCACGAUGAUAAAGGAGUGCUUGACUGCUCUGACCAGGCAAUGAAAGAAACGUUCGAUGUUAAUGUCACAGGACCUCUUUCAGUGAGGAAUUUUCAAAUUAAAUCAAUUCACUACCAUUUCAGUAUGAAAGUCUUGCAGAAAUUUCUAAUUAAGUCAGUGUUGGUGACUGGUGCUAACAGAGGCAUCGGUUUAGAACUAGUAAGAUAUUUUGUUGAACAAAAUAAGCAGCACCAUGAACAGCCUGUUAAAGUGAUAUCUUGUUCAAGACGAUUAAGUCCAGAGCUAGAGGAUAUGUUGUCAGAGCACGUCUAUCAUGUUGGACUCGAGGUUACUGACAAUAUGUCAGUGCAAGCAGCAGUCAAAAUAGUGUCUGAUAUUGUUGGAGCUGAUGGUCUAAAUUUGCUUAUCAACAAUGCAGCUAUUAUGCAGCAUGGCAAAGGAGUGCUAGGCUGUUCAGAUCAGGAAAUGAAAGAAACAUUGACUGUUAAUGUCAUAGGCCCACAUUCUGUGGUAAACAACUUCCAUCCACUUUUAAAACUUGCUGCUGAGUGUAACUCUGAUACCCCGCUCUCUUGUGCUAGAGCUGCUGUUUUUAAUAUUUCAUCUGAACUUGGUAGUAUUCAAAACACCAAAAACUCUUUUACAACUGCUUAUCGUGUGAGCAAGGCUGCAUUGAAUAUGCUGACAAAAUGUCAAGCAUCUGAUUUUAUCAAAGAUGGUAUCAUCUGCUUGUCUGUUCAUCCUGGCUGGGUUCGAACUGACCUUGGAGGCCCAAGAGCUCCAUUAUCUACCAAAGAAUCUGUUGAAGAUAUAAUGCACAUGAUUACUCAUUGCACUGAAGAACACAAUGGAAUGUAUGUUCGAAAAAAUCUUGUCUCAGAACCCUACUGAUGAUUUACUUAUAAAUACUAUGUGAAACUUAUUUGAGCUGCAUGACUCAGUGCUUUAAAUUCAGUAUCAAAUUAU